AUGAGACGCUCGACUCGCACCGCCCGUUCCUACGCGAUUCGUUUGUCCUGGCAACGACAAGUACCGGUUGUAUUGAAAGUAAGCACCGUCUUGUGUGUAAUUGGCUUUUUUUUUUGGAAUAUCUCGACCAUUGUGCAGCAUUUACAAUCAGGAACGUCAUUGCUACGAUCUGAAAGCUCAGAGGAGAUUAAGGAUAUCAUUGUUAAUGAUAUAGCGGAUAGAGAUAGUGAAGAAGCGUGGUGGCUAGAUCCAGAGACAUACCGUACUGAGGACGGCUGUGAUUUCUCAGCAGCAGUGGCGUUGUUUAAACCCGAAGAACUGGAGCUGAAUUGUGGUAAUAUGGAUCAAUUACAGUAUGGCGAGUUUGUGGGCAAAGGAUACUGGCGAAAUGUAUUCAAGACUACGUGGAACGGACAGGAUGUAGCAGUUAAAGUUGUAAAGGAGAAGCUCAUGAAUCGUUCCGACAUUAUUUCUCGUCAUGUAGAGGAGUGUGCAUCCAUCUUUUCAAUCCGUAACGAGCCAAAUAUUGUACGACUGGUGGGCUGGUGUAUGACGACGGUGGUGGUGGAUUACCUCCCACAUCAUCUUGACGAACUGCUUUUUAUGUCGAAUGAUUCGAUUUCAGUUCACCAUGCUUUGAAGUUGGCACUUGAUGCUACUCGAGGUGUUGUACAGCUGCACAAUGCUCUGGGAGGGCCCUACGCGCACUCUGAUCUGCAACCGCGCCAGUUUUUGAUCGAUGCCAAUGGCACCUUGAAGCUAAAUGACUUUAAUCGUAUAAAAUACACGGGACCGCGCUUAAUAGACGGUGUACCAAGUAGUGAGAAGUGUACGUUUACGACUUCAGUCGCCAAGGGCAAGUGGCGGUCCCCGGAAGAAUACCAGGACCUGGAAUUAGAUGAAAAGCUGGAUAUCUACAGCUUGUCACUGGUGCUAUGGGCGUUGCGAGCACGGGUAAAGCCGUUCUGGAUGCUUGAGAAGGCCGAUGUUUAUAAGCAGGUGCCAAAAGGUCUUCGGCCUUCCGUUGAGGAAAUGAGCGAUUAUCCUCAACCAAUGCAAGACCUCAUUAUCCGAGGUUGGGAUAACGAUCCUACCAAACGGCCGUCUGCUCAGGAAAUGGCUGACGAGAUUGAAAGCAUUUUGGCGAGCUAUAAAGACAGCGACGUCAAUUGA